AUGGCUCAUUACAAUAAUCGCGCUGCUCCCACCGACUACGGCACCACUUACGACCGCGGUCACGAAACAGGUUUAUUGACUCGCUGGGUCCCAGACAGACUCAAACAUUCCCGCCUUUAUCGUUGGUUCCUUCGCCUUACACGCGUUGUGCAAUUCCUCUCUGCCGUAAUAUCCCUUGGUCUAUUCUCAGCCCGUCUUCGCAAGGUCUACAAUCUCGUCAAUGCCAUCAAGACACGUCGUGGCGUCAACAGUUCCUAUGGCGCUGUUGAAGGCAUCCUGGCAGCCGCUGUUCUGUACACGCUCAUCGCUAUGCUGAUCUCGCUGCUGCUCAAGGGUGGUGGUCCGAGAUGGCUUCGCUGGCUUUGGGUCCUGUUCGACGUUGCUUUCGUCGGAGCUUUCAUAGCCGUCUCUGUUCUUACCCGCCCCAAUGGUGGCAUGGCUGGUCCUCGUCAUUGCUACAGGACUGAAGGUUUCUCAAGUACCUUUGGAAUCAAUGCGGACUCGUCAGAUGAUAGUUGUAACCUGCCAUGGGGUACAUUCAUCCUCGCCAUCAUCAGCACUAUCCUCCAUGCUAUCACUGCGGCAUUCCACGAAGUCCGUGACCGGUACAAGGAACACCGCGUCAAGGAAGCUCAUGUUGACAGAGACAGAACAGCCGCUUACUAG